GCGCACCACGGAGCAAACCAGUGGGCGGGUCCUCGCCCCUCCCCGAAGUGGCCAGGACCUGUGCUGUUGGUGUGGGCCGGCGAUUCCCACGUGGUGCGGUGACUCGCGGUUGCAGCCUCCGGUCCUCUCUAACUUCCCCGGCCUCUGUACCCGCUGCCUGCAGAGAUGCCGAAAAUCAAGUCAGGGGCGAGCGGCCGGUGCCGCGAACGGCAACAACAACGCCGGGAGCUGAAGAGCGGAGGAGGACUCACGUUCAACACGGGGAUUGGGCAGCACGUUUUGAAAAAUCCUCUCAUUGUUAACAGCAUUAUCGAUAAGGCUGCCUUAAGACCAACUGAUGUGGUGCUGGAAGUUGGACCUGGAACUGGCAAUAUGACUGUAAAGUUGCUAGAAAAGGCAAAAAAGGUAAUCGCCUGUGAACUUGACCUAAGGCUAGUAGCUGAACUUCACAAAAGAGUUCAGGGCACGCCUCUGGCCAGCAAACUUCAAGUAAUGGUGGGUGACGUGUUGAAAACAGAUUUGCCAUUUUUUGAUGCUUGUGUGGCAAAUUUGCCUUAUCAGAUCUCUUCUCCUUUUGUCUUCAAGCUGUUGCUGCACCGACCUUUUUUCAGAUGUGCUGUACUUAUGUUUCAAAGAGAAUUUGCUCUCCGACUGGUUGCAAAACCUGGAGAUAAGUUAUACUGCAGACUGUCAAUUAAUACACAGCUAUUAGCACGUGUGGACCAUCUAAUGAAAGUUGGAAAGAAUAACUUCAGACCACCACCCAAGGUGGAAUCCAGUGUCGUAAGGAUAGAACCUAAGAAUCCACCACCACCUAUCAAUUUUCAGGAAUGGGAUGGCCUAGUAAGGAUCACCUUUGUUAGGAAAAACAAGACACUGUCUGCUGCAUUUAAGUCAAGUGCAGUGCAACAGCUACUGGAAAAAAACUACAGAAUUCACUGUUCGGUCCAUAAUAUUAUAAUACCAGAAGAUUUCAGCAUAGCAGAUAAAAUACAGCAAAUCCUAACCAGCACAGGUUUUAGUGACAAGCGGGCCCGUUCCAUGGACAUAGAUGAUUUCAUUAGAUUGCUACAUGGAUUCAAUGCAGAAGGUAUCCAUUUUUCUUAGGUAUCUGCAGAAGAGAAGUUUCCAAACUCAACAAAGUGGAAUUAUAUAUUCUUAGUAAUUUGAGAAGAUGAACUAUGCUUGGACACUAUGUGCUUG